AUGACCAGCCAACCGACUCGCGCAACGAUCCGUGCACCUAGUCUUCACCUGGGUUUCCUCCUCCUCCCCCUCCUCCCACUCCUCUCACUCUCGAUAUGCGUCUCACCAGCACUAGGAGCGGUUCUUGCGAUAGGCUCUGGUACGGAUUAUAUGAAGGCUUCGUUGAUGAAGCCGGGCAUUCCGUUCGAUGUGCUGUUGAAUAAGGAUUCGAAGCGGAACAUACAGAGCUCGGCGGCUUGGAAGGGCGAGGGGCGGUUGUUUGGGAGCGACGCGUAUAAUUUGGCCACCCGCUUCCUCAAAUACUCCUACAACUCCCUCAAAUACCUCCUUGGCGUCCCUGCCAACGCCGAAAUACCCGGCGGACGCACCUGGGACAUCGAAGAGCUGAUCGCCAUGCAAUUCGCCUACGUCAAGUCUCUCGCCGAAGACGCCGCAGGGGAACGCGUGAACGAGGUCGUCGUCACCGUCCCGCCGUAUUACACCCAAUUCGAACGGUACGCGGUGGCAGAUGCGGUCGAGAUCGCUGGGCUGAGGUUAUUGACGCUGAUCGAUGGCGGGACAGCGGUGGCGGUCAAUUAUGCGAUGACGAGGACGUUUGAGCGUCCGGAAUGGCAUGUCGUUUUUGAUGUGGGCGCGUCGUCGACGAGGGUGACGGUCGUUACGUUUUCGACGGGGAAGGGGAAGGGGAAGGGGAAGAAGGUGGGGACGGAGAUCGAUAGGCGGUUGAGGGACGUUUUGAUUGUGGAGUUUGCGGAGAACACGGGGAAGGAUGCGAGGAAGGAUGCGAAGGCGAUGGCGAGGCUUUGGAAGGAGGCGGGCAGGGUGAAGGCGACUUCGAGCGCGAAUACCGAGGCAGUUGCCCAUGUCGAGAGCUUGAUGGACGAUGUAGACUUCAAGACGAAAGUGUCGAGGGCGAGACUCGAGGCAAUGUGUGCGGACAUGAUGCCCCGCUGGACACAACCCAUCCUCGACGCGCUAGACAUGGCGAACCUGACCAUGGAUGGUAUCGAGUCCGUCAUCAUGACCGGUGGAGCCAUGCGCACACCCACGGUCCAGGCAGCCAUCAAAGCCACCAUCGGCGACGACAAGAUCGCGAUGAACGUCAACGCGGACGAAACCGCCGGAGAGCAAGAGCACGCAGGCGGCGAAGGAGACGAGUUGAUCGCAGCGGAGGCCACAGAGCUCGUCCUACCAGAAGGCGUACCCUCGAUCGCGAUCGCGAUCCGCCUUCUGUAUUGGCUCUGUGUCGAAUCCCUGCAACUUCAGAUUUGGCCCGCCAACCUCGUAGCGCAAUUGUUGCCCCCGAUGUUGGAUCCGUGA